CGUCCUUACGGUCACUGCCUCGUCGCCGGAAUCGCUAAAUACCCUAGAAAGGUCAUACGAAAGGAUUCGGCCAAGAAGACGGCGAAGAAAUCAAGGGUCAAGGCCUUCCUAAAGGUUGUUAAUUACACCCACAUCAUGCCCACCCGAUACACCCUUGAUGUCGAUCUGAAGGAGAUUGUCACUCUUGACGCGCUCCAAUCUCGGGAUAAGAAGGUCACAGCCUGUAAGGAGACCAAAGCGCGUUUUGAAGAACGAUUCAAGACAGGGAAGAACAGGUGGUUCUUUACGAAGCUGAGGUUCUAGGUAAAGCGAAUGAUUCAUUGAGGCUAGGGUGCUUGCUCUUUGAGUAAUCCAGCGGUACGGUUUUCGAUUUUAU